AUGCAGGCCCUUCAAGACCCCUCCAUUUUCCAAAGCCUGCAGGGCGUCCCGUGUCCACGCCUGGCAUUGAUACAGUUUCUCUCGAGGGAGCAGCCGUCUCGCCCCGUCAAACUGUUUCUUCGGCGGGGGCAAGGCAGCGCAGAUGCGGUCGAGGCAGUUGAAAUUGCCAUACUCGAUCGUUCCCAGCAGUGUCUUUCCGAGAAAGGAGUCUUCGUCCCGGGCAUCACGAAACUCGCCGGUAUUAGGCGCGGGAGAAUGGAGCGCCGCGUGUUCAACGAGGAUGGCGUGGUGGUCUCCCUUACCUCCCCCGAGUGA